CUCCUAGUAUAAAGUCCUAGUACAAAGAAAAACUAUAUCAAAAACUUUAGACGUAAUGUCGGAUAGGAAGACGACUUACUCUAUAUUUGGUUCAUUUUUAGUUUAUUUAAUGUUACCUGUAGUUAGCGGUCUCAAUGCUAUUCCUCGUCAACCAGUGGCAGAUGGAAAAUGUCAACCUAUACUUCAAUAUUACGAUGAGGGAAUUGGGAGGUGUGCAAGUUGUAGGAAGGAGUACGAGUACGCCAGUCAUGCAAACAUCAGCAUAGUCAAGGCUUGUGAAGUCUUUGUCACUGUAUGCACCAAGAAUCACUGCCCUUCCCUCUGUGGCCCAGAGGAAUCGACUCCAUCAACCUCACCCGCUGUUCCCUCGAUUGAGGCGGAAACUGUGACUGGCGGACCUGCCUCUGGACGAAAUACAACGGCAUGUAGUCGGGAACAAAGCUCCGUGUUAAAUAUUUCCCCUGUGUGGGUCGUACCAGCAUUGGUCGGGGGACUUGUAUUUGGAUUUCUUCUUGGGUUGGUGGUCAAGGCAAAAACCCCUAAAGUGUGUUGUCCUGGAUGUCACGGACGCUGCCGCCAGGAGAGUCGUUCCCCAAUCUCAGCGCCAACAGAUCAUCAAAUCCCCCAGUCUCACGAGCUGACCAUGUCCAUGUUGCCAGACACAGAGCAGACGACGCCCAUGGAGCCACUCCCAGAACAGAAUAAUUGACAGGGAUGUAUCCCUGUGACAAAAAUUGAGGACCUGGCUGUUAUGUGGGAGGGUCUCAGAAGGCUUUUAAGCCGCGCGCGGCCGCUUUCAACAACCAUUUUGCCUUGUCAAAGCUUCCAUGAGGUUAAAAAUCACGCUUUAGUUAUUACCCUGAGUGUCAGAGCAACGUAAAAGCUAACUAGCUUAAAUAUACCUUGUGAUGGAGUCGCUUUUACUAGU